AAAUAGCUGUUUAUAUAACACCAGAGUAAGGUUUGCGGCAACUGUGUCAUAGUCCACGUAGCUCCCUAUUUGUAAAGUGUUGUGUUGUUAUUCGUGCGCUUCGGUUUUAAAAUGCAUUAUUUUCUGGCGAUAAACAUACUAUUAAUGCAUUUUAUGUUAGCAUAAAAUGUCAUUCUGACUCGCUAAAGUAAGCAGCUUGUGACUAGCGUCCUGCAGCUAGCAUUGUAACUCUAGUUGUAGCUGUGUAUACAACUCUAUGGCGUCUUAAGUAAAAUCGUACCACGCGUGUAAAGCAUUAGCUUAAUUAAUUAAUUUACUUUUUAAGGUAAAAUGUCCCAAAGUGAUGAGUCAGACGAGACCACGUCUCUGCUAGGGGACGGUACACGCAGAGGCGAUCCUCAGGAUGAGGACUACAAGAGUCGAUGGAGGUCCAUCCGCAUCAUGUACUUCACUAUGUUUCUCAGUAGUGUAGGUUUUUCCAUUGUCAUCACAUCUAUUUGGCCCUAUUUACAAAAGGUUGACCACAGUGCUACGACCAGCUACCUGGGUUGGGUGGUGGCAGCCUUCAGCCUGUGUCAGAUGGUGGCAUCCCCCAUUUUUGGUCUAUGGUCCAAUUACCGACCCCGAAGGGAACCACUGGCAUGUUCCAUCUUUAUAAACCUGUUUGGCAACAUCUACUAUGCCUAUGCUUAUCUACCCACAAGCAACAACAAAUUACAUGUGCUGUUAGCCAGAGCCUUCACUGGCUUCGGGGCAGGUAAUGUAGCUGUAUUGAGGUCUUAUGUGGCUGGAGCGACAUCACUGAAGGAGAGGACAAAUGCAAUGGCUAACAUGAGUGCUAGCCAGGCCCUGGGAUUCAUCCUGGGACCAGCUCUGCAGGCUUGUCUGUCAUUUAUCGGCGAACGAGGUGUCACGGUGAAGUUUAUUGAACUGGAACUCAACAUGUACACAGUUCCUGCUUUACUAGCUGCAGUUUGUGGCCUCAUCAACAUGCUGCUGGUUUUGAUCGUGCUCAGAGAACAUCAUAUUGACGACGAUGGUAAACGUGUUCUUACCAUUAACUACACAUCUGAAGAUACAGUUGACGUUAUUGAUGAAGAGAGCGAGGAAGCUGUUGACAAUGUGGCGGUGCUGACCUCCAAUGUCCUCUUCUUCAUUGUCAUGUUCAUCUUUGCCAUCUAUGAAACAAUUACCACACCGUUGACGAUGGACAUGUUUGCCUGGACAAAGAGAGAAGCUGUUUUAUACAAUGGUGUCAUCAUCUGCCUUAUUGGUUGUGAAUCCAUCCUUGUGUUCCUGGUUGUAAAAGUGGCUUCUCAAAGGUUUGGUGAUCGCCCUGUGUUGCUCACUGGCCUUGCUAUUAUUUUCUGUGGAUUCUUUGUCCUGCUUCCAUGGGGGGACAGUUACCCCAAAAUCCGAUGGGCUGACAUCAAAAACAACACUUUGGUUAGUCAGAUGUAUGAAGCAUCCAACAGCUCUGUGGAGCCAACGGGCUGCCCCUAUGAACAGACCUGGUGUCAGUAUACUCCUGCGAUACACCUAGCCCAGUUCAUCACAUGUGCCUUCCUCAUUGGGAUGGGUUACCCUACUAGUAAUGUAAUGUCCUACACCCUUUUUUCCAAAAUAGUUGGACCAAAGCCUCAAGGUGUGUACAUGGGCUGGUUGACGGCCUCUGGUAGUGGUGCACGGACCCUGGGUCCUGUCUUUGUCUCUCAGGUGUAUACUCUGUUGGGACCUCGGUGGGCUUUUGGCAUCAUCUGUGGAUUAAUGCUUGGUGCCAUCUCCCUCCUUGUUGGCCUUUAUCACAGACUUAUCGCGUAUUCCAUACGCCUUGGACGGCUCGUUGAAUAACCUACCUUGGUACAGUUUUAAGUAGAACUUGAACUAUUCAAAGAAGGCCGAGAUGCAAUUGUGACUUGUUGUCACUGUUGCACACUUGGCUCCAUCAGGGUUGGCUUUUAAACUCUUACAAAUGGGUCUCAAUACACAACAAAAUAGUUUUUUCAUUUGGAAGUUUCUUAAUAUUGUUACUGAGAGUUUAAUUUAUAUCAAUGUUGUUGCUGUCAGAAAAUUAUGCAAUAAUUAUCCUGUUUUUGCACUGAAUUAUAAAAUCUUUUUUAAAUGAUAUUUAAAAAUAGAAUUAAUAGUAUUAAUUUUAGUAGUUUUAUCAAAGAAAAAUAAUUUGUUGUAGUGACAUAUUAGUGUGUAGUGACAGACUAAUUCACAGGAUUUAACAUGCCUAUCAUUGCAUCUGCUAAAUGUUGGAAGUUCCAAUUUUGCUGUGAAUACAAAUUUCUUAACCAAAAAAAUAUUUGUACAGUUUUCCAAAAAGGGAAAACACUAAUAUUGUUUUUCCUUCAAGUAUUUAAGCUACAUCCAUGUUCAUGUGAAAUCACAGGUUAUAAUGCUAAUUAAAUCAUCCAUAAAAUGAUGUGUUAAGGUAUGCUGAUGACUGAGUCAUCUGGUUGAUGAGAUGACUGGUUUAUUAAAGGUUUAGUGUUCUA